GUAAACGGAACGGUUCACUGAAUAAUUUUUUGAAGGUUUUUGCAAAAAUAUAUAAAAUAAAUGGCUAAUAUUUAGCGAUCGCGUUUGUUGUUUACGAUCGUUGUGAGCAUGAUAUGUAAAACGUACGUUCUGGCAUGAGUAGAAACGAUGAAAGGGAAUCAAGAGAUUUAUACGAACAACGAACGACCAUGUUUCCAAUAAGACAAGAGCUUGUUGGUAAACGAUUUAUCGUGAUCAGCGAAGAGGCAAGUCGCCGCUCUGCAAAAAAUCCUCACUUUGAAAAUUAUAAUUGGAAACAAGGUUAUGUACGUGCUUGUUCAGUCCAAGAUAUUCAAGACAAGGAGUUACAGGUGCUGGUUGAGUUUGAUGGAGCCAGUUGGGAAUAUAGGCAAUGGAUAAAGAUCUAUGAACAGACAAAGGCAUUCUUUGUUGAAAAGACUUUAGUUUGGGCUACAAGAGUUUACCACAGAAAUAGUAGUCAUCGAAAUGCUAUACCCUGGCCUGCUUUGCUCUUUUUUCCUUUGGUUGAUUACUUGGGACUGGAGGAAGAUCCGAAACAUCCAGUUGAAUAUUUUGGUGACAAACAGUUGGUUUUUCUAAAGGAAAAUGAAAUACAGUGGUACCAGGAUUGUGAUGAAAAUCUAAAGAAAGUAAACUGUUUGAAUGCACUGGUUCAAGGUGACCUAGAUGGGUGGCAAAGAUUGCAAAAGACACAAGCUUGUUUGAUGAAAGGUGCACGUACAUUGACUGGUGCAAGAGUGACGGUAUAUAGAUUGGAACUACGUCAGUGGUACACAGGAUGUAUUACCGCACAUAAUUUGACGACCAGGGAACUUCAUGUGAUGGAUGAUAACGUUCUACAAACACAUCCUGUUCACCCGGCGCUGGUUCAGAUCAACCUCAUUGCUAAUAAUGAUGAACUGCAUCAAAUAUUACUGGGUGAACAAAUAAAAAUGCUUCCCACAAGAAGCCAAAGAACACCUCAGAUAUAUUUUCAGUCAAAUUGUCCACAGCAGAAGGCACCACAUGGAGGGAACUGGCACAUGAUGCAUGAAUUGAAUAACUCUCAAACCAAAGCUGUCUGGAGUCGUCCUUCAGUUGUGCAUUCUGUCAGCCAAGGAAAAGCUGCCUUUGGUAGCCCAAGUGGUGGUAAUCACGAGUUUAAUGGUAACCAGAAAACCUCAGCUCAAAGCGUUUGCAAGCAGAAUGCCUCAUUGAGUGCGGAGAAAAAUACUGAAAUAUUGCCUGGUAGCCAUUCUUUGUCAAAAGUCAAAGUUCAUAAACCAAUUCCUGUCGUUCUGAAACCAUCGGAUAACCUUCCCUAUUCCCAUUACACCCCACAACAUCCUCAACCAAGCAGCUCCCCCCUCCUGUCAUCCCUAAGCACCCCACCCUCUCCACUUCAAACCCAGCAUACCCCCUCUCCUCUAAGUGGCCAGCUAACACCCUCACCCCAGUCAAUGAGAAACCAAACCCCUCCCCUAAACGAAUCUCCGUUUAGCAUAUCAUUAUGCGACCAGCCCUCUGCGCGUGCAGCGGCAGAGAAAGGAUUGGGACGAGCUGGAAUUCGUGAGAAUAAACGAACCAAUCGCAACUCUCAAAAUUCCCUGAUGACGUCAUCGCGGAAAACGAGUGUAAUUGAAACACCAGAGAAGAACAAAGCUAACUCCAGAUUGGUCUGCAGUCCUCCAUCCUCACCUUCCUCCAAUAAUAAUACUGCUAAUGGAAACUCUCAAGGUUUUCCCCCCGGUGUGGAGCCCACACCCGUUGCCACACCGCCGUCGACGUGUGAGACUCAAAAUGGUGGGCAUCCAGCGCGCACCUCUUCCUCUGACUCGGACACGACCUCGAGAACCGCUGCUGUGAAUACACCCGGAGUUCAUGCCUACCGGAAGAAGAAGUCCGGGAAGAAUUCAGCUAUGGGAAAAGCAACCCCCCCGACGAGAGUGGUUCCAGCUGAUGCCCAGAAACAACCUGCCAAGAAUCAGAAACAUCCACUUGAGAAAUUUCGCUCAAGUCGUAAGGAAAACGGGAGCAUGCAACUAGAACCCGUGGAAAAGCAGGGGGAUAGCAGAGGAUCCGGAGGAACACAAGCUGAUAGCACAGAACCCAGACGAACGCAAGUUGAUAGCUGUGGGUCCAGUGUCAUUCAAGAUGAGAGCACCGGAUCCAAAGGAACGCAAGUUGAUGGUACAGGAUCCAGAGGAACGAAAAUUGAGAACACGGGAUCUAGAGGAACGCAAGUUGAGAGUAUAGGAUCCAGAGGAACGCAAGUUGAGAACACGGGAUCUAGAGGAACGCAUGUUGACUUAAUGGGGUCUAAAGGAACGCAGGUUGAUUUAACGGGAUCUAGAGGAACACAGGUUGAUUUAACGGGAUCUAGGGGAACGCAGGUUGAUUUAACGGGACCUAGAGGAACGCAGGUUGAUUUAACGGGAUCCAGAGGAACGCAGUCCGAGAGUAUGGGGUCUAAAGGAACGCCAGUAGAGUUUACAGGAUCCAGAGGGACGCUAGCUGAUAGCACAGUACCGAGAGAAACGCAAACAGACAGCACGGGAUCACGGGGAAUGCAAUCCGGAAGCAUGGGACCUCGGGGAUCGCAUGUUGAGAGCUCAGGAUCCAGAGAAACACAACCGGAUAGCACGGGACCUAGAGGAACACUAACAGAUGGCACAGGAUCUAGGGAGGCGCAAGCUGAAUGCUCGGGAUCUCGGGGGACUCAUGUCAACACACCCUCCUGUUCUCAUCUCCGAACCAUUGCAGAAAUUCAGCUGGAAUAUUUGAUAUUUCUUGAAGCAUUAGUGAGAUUUCAACACAGAAUGAUUAUGGAAGCUAUUAACACAAUAAAUCAACCCAUAACAGAAGAACAGUUCUUCUUCGUCGCUGACUUCUUUUGCAAGUUAGUCGAAGGCAACAGGCAUACGGAGAACAUAUUUCGCGAAGCUAAUUUCACGCGACAAGAGAGACAGCGAGUGGAGCAUCAACGACACCAGCCACAAGCCGCUUCUCCCAAACGCGUUGUUACUUGCUUGUCUGACGAAAUCAAGGCGAGGUUGAGAUCCGCGCAGGAGGCUGUCAGCAGGGAACGUGAGCAAGUUUUGAGUGUCGUUCUCCCUAAUUUCGAUGAAAUACAAAAGAAAGAACAGCAGCAAAGAGAGUGGGAGGCUUUCAAGCAACAACUUCAAAAACAACAGAAGGCUUUUCAUCGUGAAGGUAUUCAGAAACAAAACUCGUUCGAAGAAAGAAUGCCUUAUCAGGCACAGUCUGAUCCACAAAAUAAUCUUCAAGGCUAUCAAGAUAAAACACGAAAUCAGGGAAUAACAGGUUCCCUUGGGGAUAACUUUGCCCCUCCGUUCCCUUUCGAUCCCCCCAACCAAGUACCAGCAGAAAUGAUUGAGCGACAAAGAAUGCAUGCGCAGCAACCAGACGAGGCUCCACAAGCUGUUGAAGCAACCACGACUCAAGCUGGUAGUAUACACUCGCCCAUUCAGGAAGGAUGUACACUUCUUCCACAACAGCAAACGAGGUCAGAUUUACUCGGCGCACCUCAACACCUCCAGCAGCUGCGAUCAUCCUUACUACUGCAACGUGAACAAUUAUACGAACAGCAGAAAUACGAAAAGGUGCAAAAAAGAAUGCUGGAUGAACUUUUCCAAAUGAAAGACGUCGAGCAAAAGACAGUCCUUCUUCAGCACAUCGUACAAGAACUACAGAGUCAGAAAGCUUCAUCCAGAGAUGUAUUGAAGUCACCGCCUACCAUCAGCACUGGCUUUGGCUGUAGAACGACAGAAAGCCAACUAACAAAAGUUCAAAGUCGCCGGAUUCAGAGCUCUGCUCCACGACAGGCAAAUGAAACGCCAGCUCCGCAACCUGUGUCGACAGCCACUGACGCUUCAUAUAUCUCAGCAGAACAGCUUUUAUCCAGUCUUACAACAUCGCCAUUGAAAAAACCAAAUGUCUGGAGCAUUGCUGAUACUAUCGGAGUUGGAUCGAGUGGAAGAUCUGAGACACAAUCCACACCAGCAAGUGAUAAAGUUUCCAGGAAUCCUGACCAAUCAAGCUCUUCUGGAUUGCAUACAGGAAAUGCUGAUUCGAAUCUAAGUGGAAGCACGUCGCCACGUCAUGACGCAACGCUGGGUGUGGAUAUAGCAGGUGAAGUUGGAACUAUGAUGGAUAAAACAACUAAGGCGAAUGAUAGUCGCGCCAAAAAGAGAAGAACGCCAUCUCUCGUUGUGUCCGAUGACUCGGAGGAAACGAGAAAACCAAAACGUCAUCGAAAGAACUCCAAGAAAAAGCACGUCUCUGAGAAUACAGGUCAUUCUCACCACCCUGAUUGGAUACCGCGCAGUAAGCAAAUAAUGCCUGUAAGGAGCGUCCCCCCGGGGGAGGAAGUAACUUUAACCAUGACAAGCGAUGAUCGUGAUGUAAAUCCCGUCAAAGCGAACUGCACGCAGUAUUAUCCCAGGUCGAUAUCCAAAGGUAUCGGAUUUGUUCCAAUUGAGCCUUCUACAGAGGCCAGUACCUCGUUGCUGAUGACAACAACAGCAAGCCAACCGCUUGACGUCUUGGCUUCAAUCAGUGCGUCAUUAAGAACAAACGAUUUACCUCAGAGUACACUAGACGUUACCAGAACAACUGCACGUAGUGUGAUUCAAUCAGUUCCCGGGAAGAACCGACUUUCCGCCAACGAAAACCGACAGCAUUCCGAGCUUUCUCCGACACAUGUCCGUCGUGAACAACAUGCAACCGAGGAAGACCGACAACGUACCGAUGGCAUUGGUAAGACUACGAACGCUGUCCGACAGGGUGUCGAAAACAUUCAAAUAUCCAACGCCAGAGGUCAAGCUCAAGAAUUUGGAGUAAGCGCCGAUCCUAGUGCGACUGUAAGCGAGAAACAAACGUCGUCUGUCGGAAAGAAAUCGGCAGGAGAAUCUGGCCAGUCAGCCGCAUCUGAAGGAUCGCAUAUGGCAGUCACUGGUAGUAAUCUUGUUGAUCUGCUCAUUCAAGAUAAACGACAGUCAAUUCAGAACCCAAUGGAGCAAGUAAUGACUAUCCUUGAUUCGUCAGGAAAAGAUAAAACUCACGACGUUGUUAAUAAACAAAAGAAACGAAAAAGAGACAGACAGAAAAAGGAUAAAAAGUCGGGAAACAAAGACGUUGAAGCCGCCACUGCUGAGAACAAAGACAGCCUACCGAAUACCGCUUUAAACAUGUCUCUGCUGUUUUUCAUCGCUAAUGAAAAGAAAAAUAACUCGAAUAAUGUUUUCCCAGUCACAGAACAGCUUGUACAGUCGAUUUCAGAACGUGGAGACAAAACUAAACAGAAUUCUUUUCCUAUCAACGAUCUUUCAAAUCAGGACAGUUCCAAACCAAUAGAUCCUACUUGUGCUGUGAUAUCACAAGAUGUUCAGCCGUUUAAUGUCGUUGAUAAUUUACUCGCGUCGACAGAACUUCUCAUUUCAAAAGAAAAACAGAAGAAGAAAGAAAUCGACGGUGUUUCGAAGGCGAAAAGGAAAGAGAAAAAAUCAAAACACGAUGGAAGUAAGACCAAGAAAUCCGCCGAGAAGAAAUCAGUGGAGAAUAAAACAAAAGACAGUCAAACUGAUAGAAAGGGAGACGCUUUAAAAACUGACAAGAGUUCAACGAAAUUCGCAAAGCCAAGUAAAACUGAUGACAAACAAGUCAGUGAAGAAUGGAAUCUUGACCGGCUGGGCAGUGGUAGUAACUAUAGUGUUGAAGGUGAACUAUCUGCUGGCGUUAAUGCUGACGAAAUAUCGCCGAGUAUGAGCGCUGAAGAUACGGUCGUGAUAGAAAUUUCCCAACCAGAGAAUAAUAUUGAAAUUUUGCCCAGUGAGGGUGAACUUGGAGAGGGUAAAGUGGAUGUCGUUAGUUUGGAUGCAAGUGUAAAACCAACCGAAGCUGUCCCACUACAACUAUUGGACACCGAGGUUGAGGAUAUUUCUCAGAAAUUAAAGGAGAGCAAACUGGAACACAACAAGAACGUUAACGAUAAGGUUGAAACUGUUGUUCAAAAUGUUGCACCCGAAAUUCCAGGAAAGUUUGCGUUUAUCGGUUCUCCCAAGAAACAGAAAAAUGACUCCACUAAAUCGCAUGGUAAGAAAUCUUCAACCGAGAAGAACCGAAAGAAAUCAACGAAGGAAGCGAAAAGUAAGAAAAAUACCAAGAAAACUGACAGGAAAUCAGAUAAGAAUAACCUCAAGUCUUUGGAUAAAGAGAAAGAACAGACUCGUGUGAGUUCCCAGGAAGUUGUUGUUCAAGUCAACGGAAUAUUGACUCCUCCAGGAACGGAACAGGAACGUCCAGGCGUAGAGCUUGGAAUAGCGGACGCCAUCUUGAAAGAGAAUGGACUGGAGAAAGAGCAAGGGGAUAUCCUGUUUAUUAACGAUCAAUCUGUAAAGAAUAUUGUGAAUGCUGACGAUGAAAAUGAUGACGUGUUCUCGGAACGGCUUUUAGACCGGAAGCGAAAACGCUGUAAAAGUCCACAAGAAAAUAAUUCAGUUCUCUUGGAAAAUAAUGAUAUUGUGUGCAGCGUUCUUGGCGUGAACAAGGAAACCACCAGCGCCACAAACAGCCUGGUAUCGAGCAAGAAAACGGGCUCUAAAAAGUCGUCUGAAAAUGGCGAGAAAAAAGAAACAAAAGUUCGAAAGAAGAAAGCCAAAAAGGACGAGGAACCGAAGAACGACAGCGCCAUUGCCAUGGAGACGGACACGUCAGCGGUGGAUAACUCCGUGAAACAAGAGGAGAAAAAAGAGUCUGGUGAAGAGGCUAAGAAGAAAGUUAAAAAACCGAAAGAAAAAAAAGUUCGAGAGAAAAUACCGAAGGAAGAAUGGGUCUAUUCACUCCAGCGAGGUAGUUGUAAAUCUCUACCGACCAUGCCUCAGUGCCGCGAAUGUCGUAAUUACGAGACGGAAGAAGAAGCGGUUCUAAACAAGAGUUGCUGUCGUUUUGACAUGUUCAGAAGAUGUCGUUCAAAGUCGAACAAAUUCGAAAUGGCUGGUUUCUCGUCUUCGGAACAUACCCACAGUGAUGAUUUUCUACCUUGGGUCGCUGGAAAGGACAUCAGUCAAUUUCUUUCGUUGGACGUCUCCAAGUACAUCUUGUUGAAUGUCGGUGAUGAGUUCUGCAAUUUGGUACAACAGGAGGAGAAAGCAUUCUCCUGGGAAACUAAGAAAGACACGGUCGCGUGGAAACGCGCAGUUCGUGGAAUUCGCGAGAUGUGUGAUGCUUGCGCGACAACGAUAUUUAACGUACAUUGGGUCUGUCCGAAAUGUGGCUUUGGCGUCUGUUUGGAUUGCUAUAAGACGAAGUUAAACAUUUCCAUCGCCCCAGCAGAAGCUGGUCGUGCGAAGAGAUUCUUAUGGGUAAGAUGCUCUGCAAACACAAGUCAUCGCCCUCAGCGCUUGGUCCUAACUCAUAUCAUUCCGAAAGAAACUCUUCAUGAAAUCGAUGAACAGCUACAUCAAGCUCGAGAGUAUUGGGGGAUUGGUGAAAACUGUCCGUGCAAAGGUCAAAGAAAGAAGCUGAAAGACAGCGCCACGAUAAAGGAACUCCGUGAAGAUGAGAAGGAAAAUAUCGUUGACAACAGCGGUGAAAAUUGUCCCGUACCAGAGAAAGUUUCAGACAAUGUCGAGCUGGCAGAUAAGACAGAACAGAAAUCCGAACAACCAAUGGAGGUUGACGCUAUGAAAAUAGACGGAAAGAAAGACGAGGAGUCGUUAACAGCCGAAGAUAAAAAUGGCGAGAUUGUAAAACCUGAAGUUCUGGGUUCAAAUGAAAGUGUUGCUAUACAGUUUGAAAGCAUUACUGGGGAAUUACCUGAGGAUGAGACCAAAAAACAGCUCGAAGUUGACAAAAUAUCAGAGCAAGAAUGCUGCGCUAACGAGUCACCCGUCGACGAUAAAGUGCUUCAGUCAAACACACAGAAAAUAUCAGGACAAAGUGAGGAACCGCCAUCUUCAAACGUGUCUAGCAAACCUCCUGAUGUCUGCGAAAACACCGAAGCUUGCGAAGAGGAUAGCUGUGAUGUGAGGGUAGAUAGGGAUAAUAUUGGUGCUUUGGGUUUUCUCAUGGAUUACGAAUCACCUGUGUCCUCUCCUGCCGCAUCACCACAGCCAAAUAUGGACUUCGAAGAGAUCUCUAUCACUCCAGCAGAGGAAGCGCUCCUAUCACGACCUUCUACAACCCAGGGAGAAUCCUCGGUAAUGACCAGCACAUCUUUGGAAACAGCCGUUGAACCUUCGGUUGCAACCGACACGACGUCGAAACUCGCCGAUGAGAAUUCCCCAAUUAUCGGUGAAUGCUCGGAAGUUGUUGUGGAAUCGCUAGCGAUGACCUUUGAAAGUUUGACGAGCGAAACAUCGGAAUUGACCGGCUAUUUACCGGCCGUAGACGAUAUAAACGUUCGUGUUGCUCCGAGGAUAAGCGACGAGAUUCCGGCGCCACAUUCGUGGAUUUGUCGUCGGCCAAUGCUGAGACUUCAUGAUCCUCAUCAUGAGGGAAACCUCCUGGCUUUUCAGUCGAGAUGGGAGAAAGGAGAGCCCGUUCUUGUUAGUGGCGUGGACAAGCGAAUGACGAGUCAUCUGUGGACGCCAGAAGGAUUUGAAAACGAAUUUGGUUCUGAGAAGGCUGAUGUUGUGAAUUGUAAAACAGGAGGAACACUGGAGAAGAUGGAGAUUGGAACCUUCUGGCGAGGGUUUGAAAGUGUUAAAGAUCGUCCACUGGAUAAUAAGGGAGAACCAACUCUUUUGAAAUUGAAGGAUUGGCCACCUGAAGCUGAUUUCGUUGAGAAAAUGCCAACAAGAUUCAAAGAUUUAAUGGAUGCUUUGCCUCUACCCGAAUACACAAGCAGGGAUGGAUCAAGAAAUCUUGUCUCAAGGCUGCCAGACUUCUUUGUCAAGCCAGAUCUGGGGCCGAAGAUGUACAAUGCUUAUGGUAAUGCAGCAUUCCCAAGCGCCGGAACAACCAAUCUUCAUGUUGAUAUGUCUGAUGCAGUGAACGUUAUGGUUUAUGUCGGAGUUCCUUUUGAUGACAGAGAGUAUGGCGAGCAGGAACGAAGGGAUUCUGUUGCGUGUGUUGACGUCGCUUGUGACGAAGUUCAGCAACACAGAGCUCGGAAUGGAAAAGAGAAGUUGGGAGCAUUGUGGCAUAUCUUUGCAGCUGAAGAUGCAAACAAGAUUCGAGCUUUAUUUCACAAGGUUUGUUGUGAGAAGAACAUGAAGUAUCCAGCCAGCCAUGAUCCGAUACAUGACCAGUGUUUUUAUCUGGACGAACCGCUGCUUAAAAGGCUCAAGGACGAAUACGGAGUUGUUGGUUGGCCGAUUGCCCAAUUCCUUGGUGACGCCGUAUUCAUUCCUGCUGGCGCUCCACACCAGGUGCGAAAUUUGCACAGCUGCGUAAAAGCUGCAGAAGACUUUGUUUCGCCUGAGCACGUUGGCCAUUGUUUUAAAUUGACCGAAGAGUUCCGACAUUUAUCCGACAAGCACACGAACCACGAGGACAAGUUACAAGUCAAGAAUAUUAUUUAUCACGCAGUCAAGGACGCAGUGAGUGUUCUUCGACAUCACGAGUUUCCAAGGCAACAAGAAGAGAGUGUAUAAUGACGUAUUAGUGCACAAAUGUAUAUUGUAUAAUAAUCAAAAAGCUUUGAAUAUAUUUUUGUACAGACUUUAAGCAUUCGCCAUCUACGCAAACUUAUAUAUGACAAGUAUAAAAUGUAAUAUUUAUAAACAACACUAGGCAUAUUCAGUAUCACGUCACAAAAAUUGUUUUAUCGCUUGCAAAAUUUCUGCAUAUUUGAGAGGAAUUUUGGUGAAUGGAUCUUAUAAUAUUAGCCUCAUUAGCUAUAAUAUACUUCUGUCGUUUCCUAAUCUUAUUAAAUAAACACUACACGA